AUGAGGCAAGGGUUACCUAGUCUAGCUAUUGAGAAAAUUUUGGGAGCCGAUUAUUUGGGUAAUGAUGAAAAUAUAAUAAGCAAAUUCAUGACUACGGAAGCUGAAGAUGGCGCGGGGCCAACGUUCAGGAUUCUCAAUAUCAAGAGACUUGUGGAACUAUACAAGAACGAAGAUAUCAGCAUAACUGUAGUUGGCCACAGCUUGGGAGCAGCGAUGGCAACCCUAAACGCAGUUGACAUAGUUGCCAGUGGACUGAACAUAUACAGAGGUCGACCAAACAAGGCCAUUCCAGUGUUCGAUGGACUAAACGAUCUUCGAGUCCUACGCAUUCGCAAUGCCCAUGACAUCGUCCCAGAUUAUCCUUUCAUAGGUUACCCGGAAGUAGGCGAAGAAUUGAAUAUUGACACGACGAAAUCCAAGUACUUGAAAGGUUUCUGGAAUCUGUUGAGUUGGCAUAAUUUGGAGGCGUACUUGCAUGGAGUCGCGGGAACCCAAGGGUCGAAAGGAGGGUUUAAGUUGGAAGCUGAUCGCGAUAUCGCACUUGUUAACAAGUCGAUGGAUGGGUUGAAAGACGAAUACGGUGUACCCGAAUCAUGGUGGUGCGUGCAGAACAAUGGGAUGGUUCAAGAAGCGAAUGGGUCUUGGAAGUUGAUGGACCAUGAGGUAGAUGGUGAUUUCAUAACAAUGCUACAGUGGAGUUAG